GACUGAGACGCUUUCCGCAACAGACGACGAGUAGAAGUUUACAGUACAGUGUUAAAUUCUGAUAAGUGUCCUUACAACAGCAACAGGGUAAGAAAUGUGGUAUCGGAGGGUUAAAAAAGGACGAAAAUGUUUGGGAGACGAUCGCCCGGCAUGCCUACCUUGCGCAUGCGUAGUGCGGUAUACUAAGUUUGCCUCAUUACAUCAAGCUAAUAGAUUCACGUUCGGUUCGUUAACAUUUAUUCUUUAAAACAUUAUCUACACGGUCAGGUCGGUUGAGGUUUUCAUGGAUUUCGACAUGGAAUUUUAUCCCUCCAGUCAGAAGUAUUCGAAACUACAUUUCCCAGCUUUCUCUCUGCUGUCCGUCGAUACGACCUGUCGUAAAAAAACAGUCAACAACAGUAAAACCGAGAUGGACACAGCCAAAGACGCCCGACAGUUUCUGUCUUUAUCGUUGUUUCUUGUCUAAAAUGUUCGUGUAGGGACGCCACGCUUCGGCACACAGCAGCGGUGGUAAACAUGGAGGCCAUGGAGGAUGAUAGUUUGAACAUUAAAGACGACCAUAACCACAACUAUUGUGCGAGCAGUAGCAACAAAGUCCGCACGUAUCUCAGUAGCCAGCUGUCGGAUGCAACGACGGUCCCGCAGCCCGUCUCUCUGCCGGUGCCGGGAGCAGAACCGGGGACACGACGAGGGAAAGUGUGGUCCGGUGGAGCGGCAGGGUCAAAGUUCAUGGACUCGGAUUCUGGCAGCGAUAGCAGCGAAGUCAGCGAGACCGACUGCACGGCACCGCCGGCCGCAGCAGCCGAGGGAAAAUUCACCCUCGAUUCUACUUCCAAGUUCCUUCUGAAUGCAAUGGCCGUAGAAGACUACCGGAACAAUCACUGGCCAAACCUAGAGAAGGCAAUCGAUCGACUGCUGAUUCAGAACACGACAGACCACAUCUCUGUUUCUUAUGCACAGAUAUACAGUUAUGUCUACAAGUGUGUAUGUCAGCAGCACUCUGAACUGCUCUACAAUGAUUUGACAUUAAAAAUAUCAAAUCAUCUGCAACAAGUCUCCACCCAUUUACAAGCCAGCCCACCUGAGAGCUUCAUAGAGACCUUCAACAUUGCGCUGACACAAUACACAGCCUCUCUUCAAUGCAUAGUUCCUGUAUUUAUGUACUUGAACAAGUUCUACAUCGAGUCAAAGCUGAACAGAGACCUCAGAGAGGAUCUGAUGAAGCUGUUUGCUGAUCACGUCGCAGAAAAACAUGUGAACACACUGAUGCCUCUUCUCAUCAAAGCUCAUUCCAUGCCAUUUCAAGUUCAGCCAUCUACAAUGGCCAGCGUGGUUAAAGGCCUCUACAGCCUCCGACCAGAUUGGGCCCAGUUAGCCCCGGCUCUCUUCUCUGGGUUUAUUCCCCAAAUCAACCCUCCUACUGUGGAGUCUCUGCUGCCUGACUACGCCGCUCAUGACCAGAAGUUGCAGAUGGAGCUCUCCAUGAACGGAUUCCCACGCGGUGACCAGUCUCGCAAACGGGCCAGCGAUGACUCCUGACUUCUGACUCCAAACCUGUUGCAGAACUGUUACAGUGCCUCCUGCAUCUUCAUCACAUGUUGGCUCACUGCACUAGGUACAAUGUGGACAAUGUGUCAGUUUCAUCUCCCACGACUCAAGGUCACAAAACACUGUGAACAACAAGGAGAGCUUGAUGUUGGGCAGAAGCUUAAUCUCACUGCACUUAAAAAAAAAGCACACAGACUUCCAUGAUGGUGCUUUCCUCAGUGGUUAUGAUGCACACCGCUUCAGUUUUCGCGUGUGCUGAGAUGGUUUUUUUCCUCACGCUCUCCUCAUUUGAAGAGUGCCUUCAUGGUGGCUGUUCUGAUCGGAUAUCUUAACGAGGGAUAGGCUGAUGAUGGGUCUUUCAUUCCUAACCUUUAACAUGGAAGUGUCUUUUUUGAUAGACUGGGCUAAUCAAGACUUUCUAUUGCUGCUAUUAAUACUGUCCAUGUAAUAUUACUACGAAUCCCUCAGUUUCACCCACUGUGUCUGUAACCCAGCAGCUUCACUCAACACAAAUGAGUGUGGAAACAAAUGAGAACAAGGGGAACAAGUCAAGUCAUUGACCUCAACUCUGAUUCCCUUAAUGUUGCCUUUACUGUGUUGGUAAACCGGAUUGUAUUUUCCUGUUGCGCCAAAGAGGAUUUGCAGUAUUUGGUUUAUAUUUUCCUCUGGACAUUGUCAGUGUUGUAUGAUGUCUGAGUCACUGAGCCAUUUGAUUUUUUUUUUUAUACUAACAAGUUUUGAACUUUGGUUGAUCUGUUUAUUUGUCCUGCUCAAGUCAAAUUCCAACUUUUAAAUAUAUCACGUCUGUUGUGGCCUUGUGUGUUAGGUUGCCAUGUGGGACAUCACACUGUUACUGGCAGAAAGCUGAGACAACCACACAGUGGUGUUACUUAAAUCAUCCCUUAGCUGUAAAUAUUUCCAACACAAUGCUUCAUUGUUUUUCUGAAGCAAAUGAUAUGCAAUUGUUUGACCAGAGUCGGGCAUACUUAAAGGGACAGUUCACCAUCAAGUCAAAAAUACAUAUUUUUCCUCUUUCCUGUAGUGCCGGUUAUCUGUCCAGAUUGUUGUGGUGUGACUUUCAAAGUUUUAGAGAUAUCGUCUGUAGAGAUGUCUGCCUUCUCUGGAAUGUAAUGGAACUAGAUAGACUUGUGGUGCUUAAAGUGCCAAAAAACACUGUAAAGGAAAACUUGAAACAGCAAUGUCUCUUUCCAGAAUUCUCAACCUGCUUGCCCAAGAUAAACCACAGACUUUGUGAUGAACAGUUUUUAUACAGGUACUCAAGGAUGAGUGGUUAGCUAACUAAGCCAGCAGCGAUUACAGCCCAGCCGAGGGGGAUGCUAUUAAUGUUUACAUCCUUAGCUGUAAAGAGCCUCAAAUCCAUGAGUAGAUGAACCAUGUUCAUGUAUCUGUUCCCAGCACUAAUAAACUCACAGCAACACUGGUGUUGGCAAUUACACCGACAUUUUAAAAGAAAAGACGGCCACUACAUGUAGAGUGCUGUAAUAAUUUACUGAUAAUUGUACUAAGGAUUUCCUACUACUGCAGCUUCACAUUAAAAGCAUUAAACUAAACUUGAAUUACGGAAGAGGCUAGUCACAGGAAAUGCAUUAUGUUCAGUGAGUUCAGCGUUUUCUACUAUCAUUCAUCAAAAAUGCAUCUGCAGAGCAGAACAAUGGUCAUUUUCAUCAUUUGUUGACAGAGGAUCAGUUUGAAUUAUGUCUGGGAGUCGUCUUAAAGAGUUGGUUGAGUAAUGACGAGCUGUUGGAUGAAGUGCUGCACACCUCCAACAUCUCAGUGAGGUAACCAACUCCUUUUCCUCAGUUAACAGUCAAUACAGUCAACAAAUUAUCAGUUUCAGUGUAAUUGGUGUCUGCCGUAACAUCAUACAAGAUCACUAACACCGACUAACAUGGUAAGAUUAACUUGCAUGCUUCUUUUCUGCACAGUGUUCUAAUUGCCAGACAACCUAAACCAAAUAUGAUAUACAUAGAGAAAUGGCACCACAGGCAAGAGGAAAAUACAUAUUUUUGAUUUGGGGGUGAGCUGUCCCUUUGAGCUUUAAAGGUUCCUAACAUGUAUAGCCUGUCCGUGAUCUAGGUGUUUUCUUUGAGCAGUGGUCGGUUUGACCAGCUUUUGUCACAGAUGCAUUUUUGUUAAAUGAUUCACUUGAGUAGAAGUAUUUGAUACAAGGUCUUACACUGUUUUAAGUGUAAAUAGACGCUCAGACUUGGUUUCCCUUUCUGUCAGUGGGUUCUUGAAGUGGUUCUCAUCAUCUUUCUAGUAGACUAAUUGCAUUAAGUAUGGGACACAGAGGAUUUUGGUUUCUACUGUUCAAGGUCUUAAAUUUUAGUUGGUCAAGUAGGCAUGAACUUAAUAAUAAAGUAGAAGAAGAUAAGAGUCACUGCAGUUGCCGAACGCCAGAUGUACCCUCUUCAUUUGCUGAGAUUGUACCACCCGUUUUCUCUAACACACUGCAAAAAAUGUCCCUGUUAAAACAACUGAACAACUGUGAAUAAAACUCUUCUCGGCUGAAUUGCUGUUUCUGAAAUGUUGCAAGGAAAUGUUUCUCUUUCACAACCCAAUAAAAUCCUUAAAACCA